AUGGACCCAAACCGGGUGUUUUUUGUCGACAAGGCAAAAGCAGCCUUAGGCCCCGUCUAUCACAUUUUUGAUACCGAUAAGACCACGCGGCUCUAUUCCAUAGAGACAUCACGAAAGUCGAAACCGCAUGUCACAGUGACUCGCCAUCGGCACCCUUACCAGGAGCCAUACCAACAACACCCACAAGACGUCGUUGUCGGCAGCGCGACCUUUCACAGCCUAUCCUCCAAGAUCGAUGUCUCGCUAAAGGCAGAACCAAGGCCAGUAGAUAUCACAAUGAAGCGCUCGGAUCCACUUGCGUGCGGGCGAAAAUUCGAGUCACCACUGGGAAAGCUGCAGUGGAAAGAGGAUGGCAGCAUGCUCACAAGCAACAUAAAAUUGGUCGACCAGCACAAGCGCGUGAUAGCUCGGUUCGAGAAACAGUCGUCUUUUUUGUCGCGCCGGAAGGAUAAAUUCAUAUUGCUGGUUCAGGAACCUUGCGCUCUUGACAAUUUCGACAUGAUCGUCGUUACAGGCUUUGCUUCGAUUGAGUACGCCCGCAGAUCGGACAAGGAAUGGGAUAAGGCAGGGGAGGAGUUGCUUAAGGCCGCUGGGGAAGCUGCUGGAGUCUAG